AUGGCAACUGGAAACCACAGGUCUCUGAAUGAUUACACUGUCGGAUGGCUAUGCGCCUUAUCGGAGGAGAUGGCGGCCGCGGAGGCUAUGCUGGAUGAAACCCAUGAGUCCUUGCCUCUGCCGGAAUCUGAUGAUAAUUCAUAUACAUUUGGCAAAGUCGGAGGCCACUGUAUCGUCAUUGCAUGUUUGCCGGGGAAUCUUCUCUCUCUACAUUUGGACGCUCUAUUUCGUUUUGGUCUGAUGGUCGGAAUAGGUGGAGGUAUACCAAGUGAAAAU